CUUAAAGACUGGAAAUGUAAAAUUCACUACACACGUCAAAGAAAGUUUACCAGAAUGAAACACAAUUUUGGUAUAACACUGCUGCUGACGAUUUCAUCCGCUGCUGCCGCUCUCGGCAUACAAUACGACGAGAGGAAAACGCUUUAUAUUGGAAGUUUCGUUCUGGAUCCUGAUAUUAGUUUUGUUGUUGAUGGCAUAAUUUACGGUCAGAACAGAGCUUUAGAAUUUAUCAACAACUCAUCAGAUAUCUUGUCUGGAUACAAACUCGACGUCGUUCAGAGAUGGACAUCCACCGAAGCAAGCGAUGGUCUGUGGCAGCUUUACGACGCUUUAUACGGUCAUGAUUCCUUUCUCUUUAUGACCCCCAAUACGUACUCAUCGCUAGCGCAGUCAAUGUGCGAAACUUCCAAUUACUAUAACCUUGUGCAGGUGGCGUGUUGCACUGAGUCGCCGGCAUUUCAGAAUCGUCAACGCUACCCACAAUUCUACCAAAUCACAACUGGGAUCAACAUAAUCAACCCAACUCGUAUUGAGCUCAUGAAGAUGUUUAAGUGGAAACGAGUUGCUUUAAUCUAUGAAAAUGAAGAGUUCUAUGAUCUUAACUUUAAAGCUCUCACAGCCGAUCUUGAAGAGGAGGACAUUGAAGUGGUCACUGUGGAAAACAUCGCCGACAAGAAAUUAAUUCCAACACAUAUUGCCAAUUUGAAGAAACAUGAUGCACGAAUUAUCAUCGGCAACUUUUACGAACAAAUGAACCGUCUAAUUUUGUGUGAGGCGUAUCGACAGGGUCUGUUUGGUCGCAAGUAUCAGUGGAUGUUUACUGGAUGGUUACAGGGACAAUGGUGGCGCCAACCAGAUGUCGAUUGCACUGUUGAAGAAAUGGAUAUAGUCACUGAUGGAUACUUUGGAAUAAGAGGCCUAACAAUUGCAAAUGACUUCAACCUUGUGAACUUUAACGGCAUCAAGCCGUCAGAAGAGGUUAUUGCUGAUUACAUCUACAUGAGAGAAAAUCCAAAUUUUAACGAGUAUGUGUUCCAGACGUAUGAUGCUUUCAUGACAAUGGCCCUUACUUUAAACGCCUCUAUCCAGCCUCUUCAAGAGAUGAUGCCUACGAAACGUCUGGAGGACUUCACCUACGACAAUGGCCAAGAUAUUCUUAGCAUCUUCCAGGAAGAAAUAAAGAAAUUGAAUUUCUACGGGAUUACGGGACCUGUGAGGUUUUCGGAUGCUGGAAGCAGAGAAGCCGACGUGGUCGUGGAACAAGUACAAGAUGGUCACUUGGAGAGAGUGAUGGUCCACAACCCUCGAGAAAAUGUCAUUAUUGAAAUGGAUCGGCAGUUCAUAUGGAAAGGUGACUUGCCACCAGUUGAUGGCGUGAUCAUCAAAAGAGUUGCAACCGAAAUUUCAUCAUGGCUUGUAUACACCUUACUGCCAAUGUCAUUCGUUGGAAUAAUACUCUCAUUGGUCUUGCUUACGUUACACAUUAUAAAUAAAAAUAGAAGGGUGAUUAAGAUGUCAGUGUGGAGGCUCAACAGCCUAGUUGCAGUCGGUUGUAUACUGAGCUAUAUAUCUGUAAUCCUGAUGGUCGCUGAAAACAGUGGACUUGCGGACGAUAAAAGCAAACUCUUCCUUUGCAAGGUACGCUCAUUAAUUUUACCAAUCAGUGUGUCCCUAGCAUUUGGAGGGCUGUUCGUGAAGUCUUAUCGUGUCUCCAUGAUCUUCAAAAUUGCUGUGAAUAAGUUCAAGAAAGUCAAUCUGUCUGAUAAGCGACUCGUUUUCUCAGUAUUCCUAUUUACAAUUGUCGAUUUGCUUAUCUUUGUGUCUUGGAACCUGGUCGACCCGAUGAAAAUCCAGAGUACAAUUGUUAGAACUGAGAUGACCUACGAUGCAAAUGGCAACGAUUUAAAACUUGAAUAUACUUCUGGUGAAUGUUCGUCGGAUUAUCUCAAUAUUUGGUUUGGGUUGUUGUUGGUUUUUAAGGGCGCCUUAAUGGUCUUCGGUGUUUUUAUUGCAUGGGAUACACGGAAUAUUGGAAUAACUGCUCUAAAUGAAAGCAAGCAGAUAGCUUUUGCUGUAUAUUGCGUAUCCAUCAUCUCGGUGGUUGCAAUAGCAGUUGUAUUUAUGACUGACAUCAGCAAUGAUGCCCUCUACGGUAGCAUAGCUAUGUUUCUGAUCGUUGGAUCCUCAGUAAUUUUGAUUACCGUCUUCGUCCCAAAGAUUCUUCUUCUGAGAAUACCAGAUGAAAACAUUAGAAUUAAAAUUGCCGACUUGGAUACGUUCCAAGACCGUACCAACCUCCAAUCAUCCGCCACAUACCAGCAAGAACUACAGGAGAAACGUCAGGAGCUAAGCAGACUUCUUGCACUGAGUGAUAGCACCAAUGAAGUCCACCUUCGUGCGCUUAAGGAAACUGCUCGGCAGUGAUGGCGAUGGCUAUAAAGUACCAAUCACUUGCUUUCUUGAGCUUACAAAGACAAGCUCACCAUAUAGUGUACUGCGGAUAUAAUUUCAGAAUUAAUGUCUAUAAGUUUAGUCUAUUGAACUGUAUUGUUUAUUCAACGAUAAAUUUUGUAUUUGUAUUUGGAGGUUUUUGUUAAAAUUAGGCCUACUC